GGGUGCAGAUGGGGAAGUGAAGGCAAGAUCUUUAUCCCGAGAGUGACCCCCUCUGCCUUGUGGAUGGGUUCCCCAGGUUUCGUCUCUGCCCCGCUAUGAGGGGCUUCCCCUUCCUGCUACUGCUAUACCUUGGGCUGACUUCCUCUCAAGCCCCCCGACCUGGCCUGAACAAAGAUCAUGGUUCUGAUGCUGGCCCAGACCCCACAGCCGUGUUCUUAGGAGCCCCCAGAGCCCAGAAUUUCUUGGGGAGCGGGCCAGGACCCCGACGCUUCCCCAGGGCAAACCACUGGGAUUUGGAACUUCUGACCCCGGGGAACUUGGAACGGGAGUGCGUGGAGGAGCGAUGUUCCUGGGAAGAGGCCCGGGAGGUCUUUGAAGACAGGACCCUGACGGAUCAAUUCUGGAAGACCUAUCCCUAUAAUGGGAAGGGUGGCGCUGGGCAUGGCCGGGUGGAUUGGCAGGGUUACAGGGGGGUGGGAACGGCCACGGUCGCCCUGGAAAGCCCUGGGCCCUGGUUCUAA